AUGACAUCCGUUUCUCGCAAUGGUGCAUCCGCCAAUGCUGCAACGGAACGUACUCCACUUUUGAGUACGGCAACACAAGAGACACAAUUAACACUACCAGAAAGGAAUGCUACAUUUACCAAAAAGAUUGCUACGCCUGCAAGACAAAUUGCACCUGAUUUAUUACGUGGACUAUUGAUGAUAUUCAUGGCAGAAGAUCAUGUAAACGUAACAGUGAAAGGAUAUCCACACGGGACAGCAUUAGGAAGUGAAGAUGCAUCAAAACAAAUCCCGGGUUGGACAAAUACGUUGGGCUAUGUGAUGAGGACAAUCUCCCAUUUAUGUGCAUCUGGUUUUGCGCUGCUACUCGGAAUGGGAAUUGCAUUCUUUAUCGCAAGUAGAGCAACAAAAGUUAAUCGUGAUGGAACACGUAAAGAAGGAUGGAAAGCGAUGCAAUAUAUGAAACAUAUCGUUCAGCGUACAUUGGCUAUUGUUGCUGCUAAUUAUGCUGCAAGUGCAAUGAUCCUCUUUCAAGGCUUUUGGUUGGCAAAUAUUGUCUUGGUAGCUUUGGCAUUUGACUAUCUGGUCGUAGGUACAUUGGCUGUCUUGUUGAUGUUUGCUGUAGAGCCAAUCUGCCAACACAUUUGGGCAAAGAUCUUAUCGGAAGGACGUGAAGACGCUGAUUGCAGUAAUGAAGAAACAGAAGCGACAAAUACUGCAGUCGAUCCCACUCCCUCACCCUCCCAACGAGCCGCUUUCCAUUCUGCUAAUCUGUUAUUGUUAGUCCUAGGCGCUUUCACUUUAUUCCUAACCGUUCAGGUUGACCCCAAGCAUGGAGAUUGCAAGAGGUCUUCAACUUCAGAUUUGGUUGGAGAAGGAGACGUUCAAUUGUUCAUGCACGAAGCAAUGUUUUCCACAACAAGCAAACCACCACCGUCAAAAUGGUUGAUCGAUCGAAACUGCUCAAACAAUAAUCUAACACUGCUUUGGAAUUUGCUAUUUUAUCCAACAAAUUGUCGUGGAAUCGUCAGUGGAUUUCCACCUAUGGGUUGGUUACCUUUUGCGAUCUUUGGAUUGUUGUACGGAAGAUUGUUGUUGGCAAGAACUCAUGCUGCUCAAAGAAGAUCUUCAUCCAACAAAACAGUUCAAGAAGCAUUGCACAAUAUCACAUUGGAAGCCGUACUUGCAAUCAUCUUUGCAGGUCUGUUUGUCGGUACAAGAUUGCUUCAUUUCGGCAAUUUGAGUGAAAAUUGUUUACCCGGCUCAACCUCGAAGAAAAAUCCUUAUUUGGAAUCCAUCAAAGCAUUCUUUUACGUGGUAAAAUAUCCACCUUCACCUUCGUUUGCAUUUUUGACAUUAUCUGGAAAUUUUGCUUUAUUGGUUCUGUUUGCAAUCACUACUUCAUCUGUUCUCAGUCCUUCACGGUUGGUGAAUGCUUUACGAUCUGAUGCAAAUCCCUUACUCGUUUUCGGUAGACAAUCUUUGUUCUUUUACGUCAUUCAUCUCCUUCUGGCAAGCUUUGGAGGACCUUUGAUCGCCAAAAGUCCAUUAGCACACAAGAUCAAAAAGGGAGAUUGGGAUGGAGAAACGGGUGAAUAUGGUGUUGGUCUGGGUUAUGCUUUCUUUGCAUCUUAUGCUCUCUUGCUUUGCAUAAUGUAUCCACUCUGCAAAGCCUAUGCAAAGUUUAAAUCUCGUCAAUCAAGUGAUAGCAUUUGGCGGUUUUUCUAG